AUGACUAAAACUUUCGUUAAGGUUAACACCCCUCCACCGUACCUUACUUUAUCUGAACAUGAAAAUCUCCCUAGUGUCUUGACAAUAGCAGGUUCUGACUCAAGUGGUGGUGCAGGUAUAGAAGCCGAUUUAAAAACUAUUACUGCACAUAGAUGUUAUGCUAUGACUUGUAUUACAGCUAUUACUGUCCAAACUCCAUCAAAGGUUUAUGAUGUCCACAAAAUAUCCAAAGACUCUAUUAAAGAGAUUUUAGAUGUCAAUUUAAAUAGCAUGAAAUGUGAUGUUAUUAAAUGUGGUAUGCUCACUAUCGAAGCAGCCGAAGCCUUGAAUGAAAAAUUAAUUCAAUUAGGUGACAAAAAACCAAAACUAGUUGUUGACCCAUUAUUAUCUGCUACAUCUGGUAAAUCAUUCAGUGGUGCUACAUUUGUGGAUAUUUUAAAAGAAAUUGUUACUCCUUUUGCCGAUCUUAUUACCCCAAAUAUUCCAGAAGCCUUAAAAUUAGUUGGUAAGACUGACUAUGAGAUCUCUUCAAUGAAUGACAUAGUUAAUAUUGCUCAAGAAGUUUCCCAAGUUACAAAAUGUAAAAAUGUUUUGAUCAAAGGUGGUCAUCUACCAUUUGAAUAUUUGACUCAACAUAGAAUUGUUGAUGUCUUAUAUUUAUCAGAAGAAGAAAAGUUUAUUACUUAUCAAGGACAUCUUGCAAAUACUUCAAACACCCAUGGUACUGGUUGCACAUUAGCCUCAGCAAUUGCUUGUAAUAUUGCAUCUGGUUAUUCAUUACAACAAUCAGUUUAUGGCGGUAUUGAAUAUGUUCAAAAUUCCCUCACUAUUGGUUGCGAAGUGGCUAACGAACAUAUUAAAAGUAAUGGACCAAUUAAUCACGUUUAUGCUGUAGAAGUUCCAAUGGAGAAAAUGAUAGCCGAUGAUUGUUUUGAAAGUCAUGUAAUUAUGUCAGAGAAACAAUUAUCAAAUAUUAUUUGCAAAUCAGUUGAUUAUAAAACUAACUUUUUUGAAUUUUUAAUUAGCCAUCCUUAUGUAAAACCUCAUUGGGAGACAUAUAUUAAUCAUGAAUUUGUUAAGCAGGUUGCAAAUGGUACACUUCAUCCCAAAAAAUUCCAAUUUUUUAUUGAACAAGACUAUACUUACUUAGUUGAUUAUGCAAGAAUUCAUUGUCUUGCUGCCAGCAAAUCACCAUCCUUAAAAGAUAUUGAAGAUGAAAUUAUCGUUAUUAAAGGUGUCAGACAUGAAAUUGCUACUCAUCAAGAAAAGCUAAGUAAAUAUUUUGGUAUAGAAGAUAAAUCAUAUUACAGUAAAAUUCAAAGAGGCCGAGCAUUGAAUAAUUACUCUAGAUAUUUUAAAGAUAUAGCCAAGAGAGGUACUUGGGAAGAAUUAGUUGCAGCUUUAACCCCAUGCUUAAUGGGGUACGGUUAUGCCCUCAUAAUAUUCAAGAAUGAAAUUCAAUUGAAUAAGACAUAUCCAUAUUACCAUAGCUGGUGUUUAGAAUACUUAAGUGAAAGCCAUGUUAUAGCUAUGUCUGAAGGUUUAGAACUGCUAAAUCAUAUUGCUUCUACAUAUCCACCAGAGAAGAUUGAUACCUUAGUCAAGAUUUACGGAGACGUUUGCAAAUUGGAAACUCAAUUUUGGGAUGCUGCAUUGAACUAUUCUGAAUAA